AUGCAGAAAAAAGUGUGCCAACAAUUUACUACAUCAUUUUAUCCAUUGUUAAUUGAUUAUAUUUAUUUACAAAAAUAUGCUUCUGAUGCAGUCAUAAAUCAAACUCUAGAAAUGAUGCCAAAUAUUAAAAGUGGAAUAGAAACCGUAAUCAACCGUACUUCAACUUCUGAAUCAUUGAAAAAUUAUUGGUUUAAUACAGCAAAAUAUUUUCCCAUUCAUGUUGGAUAUCCAACUUGGUACAAAAAUGAAACUCUAGUCAAUAAUUUUUAUAAAGGUCUUACUACAAGUGAAUCCUUUUUCAAUAAUCUUCUGACUAGAGAUAGAUUUGAAUUAAUUGAAGGAUUGGAAUCAUUCCAAUCGAUUAUGUGGCCUUUUUCACCAUUAAUAACCCACACCUUUUUUGAUCCUCAUCAAUUGAAAAUAUAUGUAAAUUAUGGUAUUUUACAAAAACCAUACUUUGAUGUUGAACAACCUGGUGUUGUUAAUUAUGGAGGUAUUGGUUCCGUUGUUGGACAUCAACUCGUCCACAGCCUUUACGGCUAUGCGAAUCCUUAUCAUGAAAAUGGAGAAGAAGAAACCUGGUUUGCUCGCAUUGAACCCAAGCUUCAAGACCACUAUAGAUGUAUGAUUAGAAAAUAUUCCAACUAUUCUGUUGUUGAAGGAAAUAAAACAUAUCAAGUGAACCCAUAUGAAAAAUUGAUGGAAAAUAUCGCUGAUAUGAUUGGAGUCCAAGCAAGUUAUAAAGCAUUUCAAAUUUAUAAAGAGAACCACAUUGAAUCAAGAAUCAGAUUACCAGGUCUUGAACAUCUUAACAGUGAUCAGCUUUUAUUCCUCAUUUAUGCUUCUACCAAAUGUUCCAAAAAUAUUAAUAAAAUAGACAACGAUAUGUGGAAAAGUCAAAUUCAUUCAAAAUUAAGGGUAGAUGCUGCUCUUUCAAGUAGUAGCAUUUUUGCAGAGACUUUUCACUGUUCUAAAGGUGCUAAGAUGUAUCCUGAAGAAAAAUGUGCUUAA